UCCGAAGAAAGUUCUAACAUCUGAAGGAGAAACAAUUUUAAAGAAAAGAUCAAGAAUAAUUACAAAAUUUUCUCUUCAGGAUGAUAUAAAACUAGAAAACUUCAACGAUGUCUCAAACAUUAACAUCAUCAACAACAACAACAACAUCAACGUCAACAACAACAACAACAGUACACAACUAAAUAGAAACCAAAUAAAGAAGCCUGUAUCAAGCCUGGGUAGCCCUGGCAGAAUAGAGAAGUCAGGACUUGAUCUAAAAAUUCUGGAAGCUAUUCAAAGGAGAGUUGUAAAAAAGGAGGAACAAUUUGAGUAUAACAAUGUCUCUGAAAAUAACUUCAACAUGGAACUCUUAAACUCCCGAGAUCAUUCGCAACAAACACAAGGAACAACAGUGUUAACGAAUAGUGUUGAUAUAUCUUCCUGGGCAGCCACGCUUCCAGCAGGGACUAAGGUGACUGUAACGCAUUAUGACGCCUCUAAAAAGGCGGGUCAAGGUGAACUAGUGGCUACACCGACACAUACAGAAACUAUUAUAGUGACGGAAAAUAUGGAGAAACAAAUCCUUCACAGAAACUUGCAACAGAGAAGACUAAUGUUAGCACGUGGUCUGAUACCUACUUCUGGUCUGAUUCCUACUUCCGUUCUGGCUCCUGCUUCCGGUCUGGCUCCUACUUCCGGUCAAACCACGGCCCACUCCUCCAACUCAUCCUCUUAUACAAGUCAGGAAGCAUUGAACCUGUUCUCAAGUAUAGGCUUUCCAAACUAUGUAGAAUCAUUUGCAGUCGAUCCUAACGAAAUUCUAAGAAAAGAGAAGCUAGUAAAGAGUGAGCCUGCAACUCCAACGCCCGCUGAAGAUUUUAAACCUGAAUUUAGCAGAAGAAGAACUAUGGAAACAAACACACAGUCAAACCUACAGACAAACUCACACUCAGUUAUAGCGGACACUUACCCUUCAUUAUUCAGACAACAGGUAAAGAUUGAACCCCUUGAAUAUUGUCCUGUAAACGAGAUUAAGAACGAGGUUCUCAGUCAACUGUUUGAUUGUGAACCCCAUCUUCUCCUUCAACCAGGACAAGAGGGAGAUCUAGGACCACCAGCAGAAACAGGAGCAGGACUAGGAGCAGGAGAAACAGGAGAAAGUUUACGAAUGAAGAAACAGGAAUUACAGGUAGAGAGUGUGUACAUGGAUCUGAAGUUAGAACCCUUCUCUCCCUUGGCGAGUCCAGAUUCUGGAUUUGGAGAUUCUCAUCCCCUUGGUCUUCAGCUAGGAGGACAUCUUGAACACCAGCUAGGAGGACAGCUGGAUCAACAGCUUGGGGAGGAUCUUGAUCAACAGCUGGGAUUAUUAGAACAUCAGCUGCAGCUGUCACAAGAGGAACGUCUUGAAGGAGAACUUCUCCUAAAACAGCAGCCAGAUACAACAAGGGAUCGUCAGAUUCUGCCUGACUUUGACGCAAUGGACUUUGACGAUCUAUUAGAUGAGAUUCACAAUUCAGCUGAUAUUCAUGGAUCAGCUGACAACCACGGAACAGCUGACACUUCAGUUGACUCAUUUCUAAGCGCCGCAAGUUCAACAUGUGACACCGGUGAAAUGGAUUUCCGGUCUGCUACAGAAACCGGUUUUAGAGAAAAUCAUUUUAUGGAUAUCAUCUCGUCAGUGUAAAACAAUAUUUUAUAGUUUAACAUGCUUAAUCAAAAAUAUUUUGUUUGCUAUUUUAAGAUUAAAGACAUUCAUGAUCCGAAAAUACCCUAGCGGACGUUUUGCAGAAUUGUAUGGAGGCUUUUUAGUUUAUGAAGGGAUUUAUUAGAUUUUCAAGUUUUAGAAUUUUACCAUUUGUUAUAUUAUACUCCUAGAUAGUUUUUCUUUUUGCUCAAAAAUAUCAUGAUUAAAUUGACUUUGUACAUAAAAUAUGUCAGAUAUAUGUUGAUUAUACUUUGAGUAAUUGUUAUUUUACAAAAUAAUGUAAAUUUGCUUUAUAGAAAAUUAAAAAUCAAACAUAUA